UUUAAUCCAAGCAUUUCUGCUGUGUCUUUGGUUAGAUUCACUAAAUCAUAUUUUAUCUUAUCUUUGCCAAACCUGAGAUAUAUAUCGACAUGAUAGAAAAUACCAAUGUAAUUUCAAAUGUAAUUCAUUGAUAAAACUAGUAGUUAACGGUAGCUAGCAGGUACUCGAAAUUUGUAGCUCCUGUUUCGGCCUCAGACUUUUCUGGUUAAUUUUAGUGUUGUUCUAUUCAUUCCAGUAAAAAGUGUGUCGUGUUAGAAAAAGAUAAUAUGGAAGUGGUGGUGAAUGAGUUAACCGAUUUGUUGCAGUCACAUGCUAAUCGCGAUAAGGUAUUGUCGCUAGCGAGCUACGUGUGCAAGCUCUGGGGGUCUACUUCAGGCCGCGAGGGUCUACUCCGGGCGAGCGCGAGGCUGGUGGCUGCACGUUCCACCACGCGGGCGCUUGAUGAUGCCGCCGUGGUGAAGACAUUCGUGCAGUAUGGACUUGGACAGAAGGACGGACCAUUCUGGGGUCCCCUAGGGGUGGCGGGCUGCGCGUCCACGCUCGCCUACCUGCAAGUGGACAAGUUGCUGUGGCUCAUCGACUGUGGCCUGGUCACUGUCUCUAAAGACACAGACUACAAGUGCCGAGUAGCGCAUAAGCUCUUCUGGGCCUUGUAUUCUGCUAUUGGAUUAGUCAGAUCCAUCCGCGAGCUCCACAAAGCGGCAGAGGAACUAAAAUCUCCGAAACGCAGAAAAUGUGCAUCUGCACGUUUCACACAAGCGUCUCUCUUCACUAGCAAGCUACUCUGUGACGUCAUCCACACAGUGAGCUAUCUGCCCGAGGGUUAUCUGUGGGGCGGCCGCUUGUCUAUGCCCCAGGCGAGUGGGGCAGCCACCGUGUCUGCUGUGUUGGCGUUGGUACACCACUAUCAUGCUAAGAGAUUAGCGCCUGUAAGCUAGCAGUGUUGAGGUAACGGUUGACUGUUAAAACUCUUUAAAAUAUUGCACAAAGAUGCUGCGAUGCAUAAAGCCUAUAAAAGAAAGGAGAUAAGUAGGUAAGUAUAUGGUUAUGUAGACUUAUCAGACGAAAGUUAUAUGUGGAUUUAAAAAAAAUCAGAUGAGAUAGAUU